AUGCUCGACUCCACCCUCUUGCUUGCAUUUAUUCUAGGUUUCCUCACCCUUGCGUUAGCUAUGAAGCGUAAGGAGACGAUGAAAUCAAAAAUCUCCUACACCAAAAACCUCCGUCCCUCUCUCCCUCCCGGGCCGGUACACUGGCCAAUAAUCGGAAACCUACCGGAAAUAAUAGGGAAGAAAGAACCGGUGUUCCGGUGGAUACAUUCCCUCAUGAAAGAUCUCAACACCGAUAUUGCAUGUGUCCGUCUCGCCAAUACUCACGUGAUCUCCGUGACGUCACCACGGAUUGCGCGGGAGAUUCUGAAGAAGCAAGACUCCAUUUUCGCCACUAGACCGCAAACUAUGGCCACGGAGUACUGCAGCCGCGGAUACCUAACCAUUGCCGUGGAGCCACAAGGUGAGCAGUGGAAGAAGAUGAGGAGAGUGGUGGCGUCUCACGUGACGAGUCACAAGAGCUUCGAACUGAUGCACCAAAAGAGAACCGACGAGGCCGAUAAUCUCGUUCGGUUUAUCAAUAACCGCUGCGUCAAAAACCUUAAUGGUUCUCCGGUUAUUGAUUUAAGGCUUGUGGUGCGGCAAUAUAGUGGAAAUGUAGCUAGGAAGAUGAUGUUUGGUGUAAGGCAUUUCGGCAAAGGAAGUGAAGAUGGAUCAGGACCAGGGUUCGAAGAGAUUGAACAUGUAGAAUCUUUGUUUACGGUUUUAAUCCAUCUUUAUGCCUUUGCAUUGUCGGAUUAUGUCCCGUGGCUACGGAUCUUGGACUUGGAAGGUCAUGAGAAGAUCGUGAGUGGCGCAAUGAGGAAUGUGAGUAAGUACAAUGAUCCCUUGGUCGAUGAAAGACUCAUGCAAUGGCGUAAUGGGAAAAUGAAGGAGCCUCAAGAUUUUCUCGACAUGUUUAUAAUGGCGAAAGACACCAAUGGGAAGCCUGCUCUGUCGGACGAAGAGAUCAAAGCACAAGUAACGGAACUAAUGUUGGCGACGGUGGAUAAUCCGUCGAAUGCGGCGGAGUGGGCCAUGGCGGAGAUGAUUAACGAGCCAAGCAUCAUGCAAAAAGCCGUGGAAGAGAUCGACCGAGUGGUAGGAAAAGAUCGUUUUGUCCUUGAAUCCGAUCUUCCAAAUCUCAACUACGUGAAGGCAUGUGCGAGAGAGGCGUUCCGGUUACACCCUAUAGCGCCAUUCAACCUCCCUCAUAUGUCCACAGCCGACACAGUGGUGGACGGUUACUUCAUCCCCAAGGGAAGCCACGUGCUGAUUAGUCGUAUGGGAAUCGGCAGAAACCCUAACGUGUGGGAGAAUCCACUUAAGUUCGACCCCGAGAGACAUUUGGGGAAUAACAUAAACGUGGAGCUGAACGAUCCAAACCUCAAUAUAAUUUCGUUCAGCACGGGACGAAGAGGAUGUAUGGGUGUGAACAUUGGGUCGGCCAUGACGUACAUGUUGCUGGCUCGGUUGAUUCAAGGGUUCACGUGGUCAGUGCCUGGCGAUGGUAAAAUUGACGUUUCUGAAAGCAAGAGUGACCUUUUCAUGGCAAAACCUUUGCACGCGGUUGCAACACCUCGUUUGGCUCCACAGGUUUACCCAAUCUAA